AUGAGCACCGGUAAGAGGAAGCUCUCCUUCCUAGGCUUCGCUGCUCAGGAGGAAGGGCCGGACGAGCUGCGCUUGGACGAAGAGAUGGAGCGAGUGGUGUGGAACGAGGGCGCCGCGCCGCCGCCGCGUCUGCCGGCCAGCAGCGAGCCCGUAAGAGACUCCGCUGCGCCCCCGCCGCCUUACUCUCAAGAAGAUAUCAGUCAAGGCGUCCCUGAAGACGAUUCACACCAAGAGACACAGGUGUCUUCCAGCUCAAGUCCACAGAUAUCUGGAAUGUGGCAUGGAGCAGCAGGCAGUACGCGCGAGGAAGACCGCCACGUGCAGUUCGAUGGCGAUAAGACAAAUGAUGCAGAUCCGCUCGAUGACGCUAGUGAAGAACGUCGGACACAGAGGCACAAUCGUCACAUGCACCCGCACAAAGGUCGUAAGUAUUCGCUGCAAGAAGGCGCACGAGGCGGUGGAGCAGAAGGCGGGCGGCGCGUCUCUAUCGUGCCCUCGGACGAACCCUUGCCUGAGGCCGACCAGGACGACCUCCGUAGCCAUCGCAGUGACGACGCGAAAGCUCUACGAAGACAUAAGAUUACACCGCGGGGCACUACGGUGCAUGUUGGCCGCAAUGAUGGAGGAGACAAAGUUCAAAACAUUUUAUCAGAUACAACAUUAAAGAAGUUGUAUGACCACAGCCCGCAUUCGGUGUUCGUACAACUGGAUGAGCUGCUAGCAACGGAGGAUGGGGAUGCUGAAUGGAAGGAAACUGCCCGUUGGAUCAAAUAUGAGGAAGACGUUGAGGAAGGUUCAGCUCGAUGGGGUCGACCUCACGUCGCUUCCCUCUCUUUUCAUUCCCUUCUGAACUUAAGAAGAUGCCUCGAAACCGGAGUGGUACUACUCGACCUAGACGAAAAAGACCUACCCGGCGUAGCAUACAGAGUGGUUGAGAGUAUGGUGACAGAAGGCUUAAUUGAAGAAGAUGACAAACCUGUCGUAAUGCGUUCUUUGCUUCUGCGGCAUCGUCACGUUCAUGACGACCGCUUCAGGUUUUCUAUCAGUGGGCGCAAGCAAUCAUCCUACACCAGCUUACAGUCUCUUUGGUUGGAGGAGAGCGGCAUGGCGGGCGCGGGCUGCCCGCGGCCCUCGUGCGUGCUGUGCUCGCCCGCCAUCGCCUGCCGCCGCCACAGCGCCCAUGUCUUUAAUCUGUCGGAUCAGAAACGUCGACGUAGCUCACAAGCUUUACCACUUGAUCGGUCAGAAGCACGCAAAAAAUCAUCCGCGGCGGCUUUGGAAAUGCGUGAAGUUGAAUAUCUGGCAACAGCCGCAGCCGCCGAGUCACAGGAUGAGCUCCGCCGUGGUCAUAAUGAUUCCAUCCUGAAACGUAUUCCGGGGGAUGCCGAAGCAACAACUGUACUGGUCGGUGCAGUCGGUUUUCUUGACCAGCCCACUAUCGCUUUCGUUCGUUUAGCCCAAGGAAUCCUAAUGCCGUCUAUUACAGAGGUUCCUAUACCCGUACGCUUCAUGUUUAUUCUUCUAGGACCCACUACAGCUGACCUUGACUAUCAUGAAGUCGGUAGGUCAAUAUCUACUCUUAUGUCGAAUCCCACAUUUCAUUCUAUCGCAUAUAAGGCAGAGGAUCGUCGUGAACUACUUUCGGCUAUAAACGAAUUCUUAGAUGACUCUAUAGUGUUGCCGCCUGGCGAUUGGGAGCGACAAGCUUUAUUGCCUUUUGAAGAAUUGAGGUCUAAAAGCGAAAUGAUAAGGCGAAGGAAACGGGAUGCUCUCGAACGCAAGCGAGCAACUGCUACUGCAGCUAAUGCGACCAUACCUGCGUCAGAUGAAAAGAAAGCUUUAUUGGCUGCAGAGAUGGGAGGUAUCCCCGAAAAGGAACCUGAUGACCCUCUGUCAAAAAGUGGACGUCUGUUUGGUGGUGUGAUAAGAGAUAUUAAGAGACGUUAUCCACACUACAUAUCUGACUUUCGUGAUGCCUUAAACGGACAGUGUGCUUCUGCUACCAUUUUCAUGUAUUUCGCAGCACUUUCAUCUGCUAUAACAUUUGGUGGUUUAUUGGCUGAAAAGACCGACAGACAGAUUGGUAUUUCAGAGACUUUAGUUUUUACAUGCGUGGGUGGAAUUUUCUUUGCGCUAGUUGCCGGGCAACCAAUGAUGAUAACAGGUGCUACUGGUCCAUUAUUACUUCUCGAUGACGCACUUUUUGUCUUUUGUCGAUCAUACGGAUUUCAUUUUUUGGCUGCUAGGAUGUACUGUGGAAUUUGGAUGAUAAUUAUAGCUUUGUGCGUUGCGUCUAUUGAAGGAAGUGUUGCAGUAAAAAAGAUAACUAGGUUCACGGAAGAUAUUUUUGCAUUUUUAAUAUCUUUGAUAUUCAUAUCGGAGCCUAUAACCAACAUAAUCAACUUAUAUCGAAUGCAUCCACUUGGAUAUGACUAUUGUCAAAAUACGACAGAAAUUACCAAUAAUACGACACUGGCAACACCUCUAUUAAAUUCAACAGCUACGGCAAAUGAAACGAUUGUCCCUCCUCCUAUAUUCGUUCGUGAAGUUAUACCACCACAACCGAAUACGGCACUUUUCUGCACAAUACUCACAGUGACUACAUUUAUAAUCGCUUACUAUUUGCGUAUCUUCCGUAAUGGAAAGUUUUUGGGUCGCAGUGCACGUCGUGCACUCGGUGACUUCGGGGUUCCAAUCGCAAUUGUGCUGAUGGUCGGUAUCUCGUGCUUAGUACCUGUGUGGACUGAGAAGCUGCAAGUGCCAGAUGGAUUAAGCCCUACUUCAUCGCGAUCCUGGCUUGUUCCUCUAAAUCCUGGCCUGGAAACUAUUCCUGUAUGGGCUGCCUUUGCUAUGGUUUUACCGGCACUGAUGGUCUACAUUAUCGUGUUUAUGGAGACUCAUAUUGCAGAGUUGAUUAUUGACAAGCCGGAGCGACGUCUGAAGAAGGGCAGCGGGUUCCACAUGGACAUCGUAGUGAUGUCUCUCAUAAACUCUGUGUGUGGGAUGUUUGGUGCACCGUGGCAAUGCGUAGCAACAGUGCGCUCCGUCAGCCAUGUCUCCGCGCUCACCAUUAUGUCGACCACUCACGCUCCCGGUGACAAGCCUUACAUUGUGGAAGUUAAAGAGCAACGUCUGUCUGGUCUUCUGGUGUCUUUCUUAGUAGGUAUAUCUGUUUUGGCGUCUGGGUGGCUUAGAUCUGUGCCGAUGGCUGUGCUGUUUGGAGUUUUCCUGUAUAUGGGAAUAUCAGCUUUAGGCGGAAUUCAAUUCUGGGACCGCUGCAUUUUAUUACUAAAACCUGUAAAACAUCAUCCACAAAUCCCGUAUGUUAGAAGGGUACCAACCAUGAAGAUGCAUUUAUAUACUAUUAUUCAACUAGCUGGGAUAUGUUUACUGUAUGCUGUAAAGUCAUCGCGUUUCUCCUUGGCCUUGCCUUUCUUCUUAGUUAUGAUGGUUCCUCUACGCAUGGCCUUGGGCUACGUGUUCACACCGCUGCAAUUGCGUGCGUUGGACGGCGCCCAAAAAGACAUUGACAAAGAUGAUGAGCCAGAUUUUUACGAGGAAGCACCGUUGCCCGGC